AUGUGGUGGCUAUUUAGGGCAUUCUUCAGCUCCAUCUUCCUGCUCAGCAUCGUCCUCUCCAUCCCCGUCGCCUUCGAUGUAGGCGGCCGUGAUAGCGGGUUGGCCUACAGCCUGGCCCUGUUUCUCUUCUACUUUGUAUAUUCGACCCUGGAGCUUCUGACGCCCGAAAAGUCCCGCUCCCGGUUCGUCCUGUCGGGCUUUUUGCGACUCUCGCAAUGGAUCAUCAUCCCUUCGCUGCUGAUCUGGUCGCUUGGUCAGUUUGCCGUGGAUGCGGGCAACACAAACUGGGUGGAACGGACCCUAGGCGGUCUCCUCAACUCCAAGAGCACGAGCUGGAGGGAGUGGACAUUUGGCAAGGAUGGGCUGGUUGAAACUGUUAUGCUGGGAGGUUGGGACAAUGUGCUUCGAUAUUGCGGUCCUGUGUUCCAGCUGCUGGAAGGUUUCUGUACCCUGUUGGUCAUCCAGGCCGCAGGCCAGCUCACCAGGUGGCUUGUAAAUCGAGGAAGAAGCGAUACUUGGGUGAUCGUCCUCCUCGUCCUUUCCAGCUCCAUCAUGGCUAGUGCCUCCUACUUCCUCUGGAGGGUUGCACAGUUCCCUCAGAUCAGCAAUGUCGAUGCUACUCUGAUCGGCAUUGCAAUGACCACGGCCGUCUUCCUCUGUGCUUUCGGUAUUGGCAGUGGCCGAGGCAACCCCAUAGAGUCAUCGCUACUCUUUGCCUACAUCGUCCUCUGCGUGUACCAGAUCUUCACCGACUAUCUCCCCUCAGAAAACUCUGACCAGGUCGAGGAUCAAGACAACUCUCAACCCGACAUUCCUCCUCUGCCACCCAUCAUCAUGGCAUCUUAUUCGACCUUCCUCCACAUGCUCGGCUCCCUCCCUUCUGCCGUUCACUCAUCUCUGGCCCUAUUAUACGCGGCCUUCCAGACCAUCACCCCUUCAGUUAUCAUCUCUCUAACAUACCGCUCAUUGGUGUUCUAUUGCGCAACGCGCAUUAUCCCUUCGAUCCGUGAAUCAGGUGCGCGGGCCAUGAUGCAGGAGCCUGACUGGGAAGACUCAGAAGCUGCCAGCAGACUCCUGGGCUUCCUCAGCUGGUUCUCGCCGUCCAUCUUGAUAGCCAUCUACACCAGCUUACUCUUGCAACACUUUUCGACGAGCGAGGGUCCUGAUGGGUGGACACUCAGGGGCGGCGACGUUGGUGGCGGCACCUGGCAGUGGACCAACAUUGGCCUGACCAUGGUUCUAUACGGCGUGGAGCUCUACCUGGGCUCUGAUGAGCACGAUCACUGGAAGGUGGACUAA